AUGGAAGUGAAAACAGGAACAUUGGCUACUGGGAGUGUUCCCUCAGAAAUCAUAGAAAAAGAAUGAAAAAAGUUACUUGAAAUCCUCCAACAAGAUCCUGAUUGUAUCUUAGAUACAUUAACCUCUCGGAGGCUAAUUUCUGAGGAAGAGUAUGAGAUUCUGGAGAAUAUUACAGAUCCCAUGAAGAAAAGUUGGAAGCUGUUACUUUUGGUACAGAAAAAGGGAGAAGUGAGCUGUCAGCUUUUUCUCAACUGUUUACUUAGUACUUUUUCAGAGUCAGCUACCAUUUGGGACUUAAAUCACUUAAAUCAUGAACUUUUAAAACAUGAGUAUAUGGAGCCACCGCAACCUGUGGGGGUAAGCAGGGAAGGUAUUUUUUAUUCCGGAGAGAAAGAUCCUGAGAAUCCUGAGAUCACCAUGUCCUUCAAAGAGAAAGAACACUUGGAUUUGGAAACCUCUGAGUCUUUCACGGACAAGAAGGCUGGUUAUCGGGAAACUGCUUGGUCCUCAAGGGAAAAUGAGAAGGAAUACAACACACCAAAAUUCACAUCUCUGCAAUUGGUUGAGAAUGUUGAAUAUGAAUUUCCAGCAACUAUUGAGUAUUUACAGGAUGAACAGAGAUAUGAGGAGCCAGAUGAUUCUUUACACUUAGGAAAAGAGGCAUAUCUAGAAUCUGUUGGGUACUCUGAAGAUGCAGACACCCCCGUGGAAGAGGAUGCUUAUGAUGACCCAGAGUGCAUUAUCUAUGACAGCAAAGAGGACUAUUUGUAUUCUGAAACCAUGGAGUUCUCUGAUGAAGAACAGAAUUAUGAGGAUUCAGAAACUGGCAUGUCAUUGGAGGAGGAAGAGGAGAAAAAUAUGGAAGAGAGAAAAAAAGUGUUUAAAGAUGUCCUGUCCUGUUUAAACCCGGAUACAAGCAGAAAGCUUCUGCCAGAUUUCGUUAAACAAUUCUUCUUAGACCGAGGAUGUAGGUGGGUGACUGAGACUCCAGGUGACUUAGCCUGGAACUUCCUGAUGAAAGUUCAAGCACUGGAUAUGACAGUCAGAGAUUCAAUCCUCAGACACAAGGUUCUGGGUGAAGAUAGCAAAGGGGAAUUUUUGACUGGAGUAGAGAAUUUGGAAAUUAGAGAAACAGAAACCAUUAAUCCCCUUGAUGUCCUUUGUGCCUCUAUGCUGUAUUCAGAUAGCUCUUUGCAACGUGAAGUCAUGUCAAACAUAUAUCAGUGCCAGUUUGCCCUUCUGCUACUGCCAGAUGCAGAAAAGAACAAAAGCAUUUUAAUGCUGGGGGCCAUGAAGGACAUUGUGAAGGAGCAGUCAACGCAGUCUUCAGGAAGUCCUACAGGGGAUAGAAAAUUUCUGACUCUCAUGAAGAUGCCUGUCAUCUCUUUUGUGCGUCUAGGAUACUGUAGCUUCUCCAAGUCCAGAAUCCUCAACACACUGCUCAGCCCUGCCCACCUGAAAUCACACAAAAUCUUUCUCCAUCAGGAUUUGCCUGUUCUGGUGCUUCCCCAGCAGAUCUCUGAUGGCCUGGUUGAGGUAACAUGGAGUUUUCCUGAUAGUGAUGGUCUAAAGGAAAACCCCAGUUUUUUCCAGAAAGCUGUUGCUGUGGCCAACCUUCGUGGGGAUCUAGAAAGUUUUUGGACACAGUUUGGUUUCUUGAUGGAAGUUUCCUCAGCUGUGUUUUUUUUCAUUGACUGCCUAGGUGAGAAGGAAUGGGACUUGCUAAUGUUUUUAGGAGAAGCUGCCAUUGAAAGAUGCUACUUUGUCCUCAGUUCCCAGGCCAGGGAGAAUGAGGAGGCUCAGAUUUUCCAGAGGAUCCUGAAGUUGAAGCCAUCACAGCUACUGUUUUGGGAGGAGGAGGAAGUUGGAGAGAGAGGGAGGAACAUGGAGGGUCUUCAAGCUGCCCUGAAAGAAGUGAUGUCCUCUUCACUCAGAUGUGUGUCUGUGGAGGACAUUGCACCCCUGGCCAGGGAGUUGGGGAUACAGAUAGACCACGACUUUGAGAACAUGCAGAGGAUUCAAGUUUCCCCUACUGAAAACUUGGCUGGAACAGCUGAAGAUGAGGGACCACAAAGACACAGUCAGCCAAACAACUCAUCUGAAAGCCCCGCUUAGAUGUCAGUAAGAGAGGCUGAGGCUAGAUGUGAGAUCAGCCAAAAUCUUCAGAAUUUCCAUCUCACCCCAGUAUUCAUGCCUCUUCUGAAAAACUGCCGUCCUUUACCAACCAGAAUUGGAGGUAAAUUUAACCGUGUUUCUUUGACAGCCCCCUGGGUUAUGGUCUCCCAGUUUUGGUUAGAGCAGAGGUCUCAGAGUUUCCAUCCUUCACCCUUUCAGAAUACAAGGGCCCAUAGUCCAGGUAGUUUUGGGAUUCAAUACUUCCAACCUCAGAGAUUUUAUUCAGGUGAAAGAUUUAUGAAAUUUUCAAGAACUGCUCAGGGACAUCACAUGGAUAAAACUUUUGGGAGACCACCAAGACCCAUUUCUCAGCAUGUACAGGCCUGGUCUGAGAGACCACAGAAAAUGGGAGCCCUUGAAAGGUCAGGGGAAGUGGACUCCCAGGGAGGUCACCUCCGUUCCCUGGGUUCACAGCAAGCAAGAGCGGUUGGGAAGUCACAGCCUAGGCAAGUCUGUGCCUGGGGAACACGGGAGACAACUUUACUAGUGAUUAAUGCACUAUAAUUUUUGGCUCGGGUCCUGAUUUGACAGCCCUGCAUCUC